UAAAAAGAUGGUGUUUCCAGUGGCAAUCACUUCCUCAAGGAGGGUUUCAGAACUUCAAGCUCUUCUGGCUGACUCUCCUUUCACGGUGUUCCAUAAAGACAAGGUUUCUAUUAAGCCACACUCUAAGUUUAUGUUAAAGGUACUGUCACCUUUUGCAUUUGAACCAAACUGUCCAUUUCCUGGAGUUUUUCCCAAAGCCCCAUUCUUCUAAAGCUGAAAAAAAACUUCACACUUCAGACAUUCACAGGACUUUGGCAUUCCACCUGGACUGUACUAGGACCUUCACAGCCUCUACCAGGCUUUCUUCUUGCCUACACUGACAGCAUUAAGGGUCAAUCAGUGUCCACUCAGCAAUUCUCACAUUUGAUUUCUGAGUGCAUGAAGCUCUGCUACAAUCUUUCUAAAGCCUCUCCUCCCCUGGGAGAAGAGGGCUCAGUCUGCUUCAUCAGCCUUUCUGAGCAAUAUACCAAUAUCAGACGUGCAAAACAGCAUGUAGUCACAAGGCUCUUAUGAUGAUGCAGACUUCUGCAAAUUGAGGUUACAACCUGUUCAGAUGAUCCAAAGUCCCUCUACCUGUCAGGGAACUGCUGAUGAGUCACUUGCAGUGGGCUGUAUAUGUACAUAAUUACUCGAGGGAGAAAAAAUAGUUACUUACCUCUACAGUCUGUUCUUCAAGAUGUGUUGUGCACAUGUACAUUCCUAACCCUCCCACAUUCCCCACUGCUUCGGAGAUUAGAUACACAGCAGUGUGAAGGAAUGGAGAAGCAGGCGGUGGGUAUUCCCCGUGGGCAGCCCAGAGCCCUUUCAGUCCCCGCCGUGGAAGUCGAUGCGGUCCAGCACGGUGUACUGGCUCUUGCCGGUACGCUUUACCGGACCAGACCGGCUUACUUUCACCUCUGACUGUAUGUAUAUGUAUGUGUAUGAAUGUGUCACAAACAAUGCAGCUGCAGUCUGCCACCAACCAGCAGUGACCCCAGCAACCGGCCCCUGUGGGCUGCUGCCUGCAGAGAGCCAGCGGGUGCCUCUGCGCUGGGUCUGCCAAGGAGUAAGUAACCAAGGUAAAAACCACAGCCAGCCAGCCAGGGAGGGAGCCGGGGGAGGGGAAGUCAGGGGUGAAUGAAGGACAACUGGAAUAGCCUUCAUGAAAUAUACAAGUGUAACCCCCAAGGAGAUUAUAUAGAUUCCUGGAGCUCUGUCUGCUGACUGCUCAGGGAGGAGGAGCCAAGGCAAACUCAGAAUCCACCCAGCAACCAAUAGGGAGUGAGAUGCCCCUCCCAGGGGGUUGAGAAGAGGGGAGAAGCCAUUUUGAAGAGGCUGGAGUCAGUGAGGGCCAGGGCUGGAUUGGUUGUGUGAGGAGCUGGUGAGGCCCAGGCCUGCAAGCAGGGUUCCCCCUGAGAACUGGCCUCUAGGGACCCGACCGCAGAUCCCUCAGCUGGGUUUUCCUUCCCCAUGGAUGAUUCCCAAUUGGUAGCGUUUGCUGAGAAAUUUCCCCCACCAGCCUAGUCCGGGGAAGCUGCCUGUGGAGUGUGUGACUGGAGGCUGGGCUAGGAGGUUACAGUUUGGAUGUUAGGGUAGUUGUAUAACCUACACCUUGAGCCCUGCACCCCUUUGUGGUGAGGGUAAAUCUUGGGACCAAUGCAGCCUGAUUCCUGCUUGAGGGGGAUCCCUGUCAGCAGACAGCAGCCCCUCUGCGGUGACUGAGGAAUCCUGCUUCAUCUUCGAACCUGAGGAUCGUUCAUGGAGAUUCCAACUUCCUGCUUCUGCCGCCUCCUCAAUCUUCUUCCAGGGCAUUGGCGGCUUGCGCUGACCUCUGAUCUGCCCCGCCGAGGCGUCACUUCCUGUUGUCUGCGCGUGGGAAGCGGCCGGAGAAGAAGGUGCCACUUGCGGGCCCCGUCAGGCAGCGGGGAUCAUGGCUCGAAAUGCAGAAAAGGCUAUGACAGCCUUGGCGAGAUUUCGCCAAGCUCAGCUUGAGGAAGGAAAAGUUAAGGAAAGAAGACCUUUUCUUGCAUCAGAAUGUAAUGAGUUGCCUAAAGCUGAGAAAUGGAGACGUCAGAUUAUUGGAGAAAUUUCCAAGAAAGUGGCACAGAUUCAGAAUGCUGGUUUAGGUGAAUUCAGAAUUCGAGACUUGAAUGAUGAAAUUAACAAACUCCUAAGAGAGAAGGGGCACUGGGAGGUCCGGAUAAAGGAGCUGGGAGGUCCUGAUUAUGCAAGAGUUGGUCCUAAGAUGCUAGAUCAUGAAGGAAAGGAAGUUCCAGGAAACAGGGGUUACAAAUAUUUUGGAGCUGCUAAAGAUUUACCGGGUGUCAGAGAGCUCUUUGAAAAGGAACCCCUCCCUCCUCCAAGGAAGACUCGAGCUGAGCUUAUGAAGGCUAUUGACGCAGAGUAUUACGGCUACAGGGAUGAAGAUGAUGGUGUCUUGGAGCCAUUGGAACAGGAACAUGAAAAGAAAGUCAUAGCAGAAGCAGUGGAAAAAUGGAAAGUAGAGAGAGAGGCACGACUUGCGGGAGGUGACAAGGAGGAGGAAGAGGAGGAAAUUAACAUCUAUGCCGUCGAUGAUGAGUCUGAUGAGGAAAGCGCCAAAGAAAAAGAAGCUGAAGAAGGGCAGCAGAAAUUUAUUGCCCAUGUUCCAGUGCCAUCACAACAAGAGAUUGAGGAAGCUCUUGUGCGGAGGAAGAAGAUGGAGCUUCUCCAGAAGUAUGCCAGUGAAACUCUCAUGGCACAAAGUGAAGACGCGAAAAGGCUCCUAGGGUUGUAGUGUCUCACCACGUAGUGGCAUGUUUAUUUUUUAUUUUUUACAAUCCAUCCUGACAGCAGUUAUUUUGAUCCCCUAAAUAUAGACUCAUCAGCAACUGUGUUAGUCUUUGCUGAUGCUAAGACUAAAAGGUGAUCCUCCUGCAUAUUUUCCUAAAACACUCCAAUGUUUUAGGUAGACUACUCCAUAUAGGUUUGUCCUCUUAUCUUUCUCCACCCUAAGGAAUGUAUUUGUUGUCCCUCAGUCUCAAAAAAGACCAACAAAAAUAAGUUGGCCUCCUUCAUGUUUUCAGUACUAUUUUUUUUUUCUAGCUUCCAUUUAUUUCCCCUACUUCCCUGUUUUCCCUUUCUCUAGUGGUCACUUCCAUAGUGACCACUCUUGAAUAGAAAAGCAAACCAAAGCGUUUCCUUCUGAAACUAGAGGAGAUGCCCUAGGAGUGACAUGGCUGGCAAAUACUUUUCAUUCCUCCACAUUCUGACUAUUAAUUCUGCCAUCCUGUGGUGACCUCUAGAUGGAGGUCUGCUAAUUCUAAACUAUUAGGAUAGCCUAUAACCUCUUAGUUUGAGAUGGAGUUUGAAGACUGUUUGUUUCCAUGACUAUUUUAUAAAUUUCAGAAAAAUCACUAAAACUCUGAAGAAGUAAACUCUCAUUUAUCUGCCCAAGCAGUGCAGUUUUCUUGUAGUCUGUCUAAAGUUUUUUUCCUGUUAUCAUUCAUGACUGUUGCUGGAUGGAUUGCUAGAGUGCUGGAUAUUUCAGCAAUUAUUGUAAUUACUUUUUCACCUUUGUAUUAAGUUACUCAGAUCUUUUUAGUAAAGCAUUUUAUACAAACUAA